AUGGCUGUCGCUAACAGCCCCAGAUUGGCAACGCCUCCAAGCAGUCCUGCUUCCCUGUCAGCCGCGCGCAAAUCCAACUUUCACUUUCAUGGCCCUAUGGCAGUAAUGACCUCGCCUGCUGUCGACAAAACUUCCUUGGACCUGAAGGUGAGCGCUUUUGCGCCGGCAGACGCCAUGGCAGUCGACACCGAAACAAACGGCGUGCACGACGUCCUCUUUGACGACCCACAAACCAACGGCAAAGUCGCCGACGACCCGGCCCAACCGAAACCAACCCUAAACGGCAAUCAUGCAGCCCCCGACACGUCAGCGCCUGCCGACGAGCCUGCCAUCGAGCCCACGACCAACGUCUCAUCUGGAAUUGAUGGUAUCGCACAGUAUCUGCCAGACAGCCAGCAAGACAUCAACUCGCUAUUUGGUGACUCGGACAUUGGUGCGACCGUGACAAACGCUGUUGAGGCGCCUACAUCGGACGUGCGCGACGAGCCCGCACCAGCUCCACAACCGCCUACAGACACCCAGGCGACAAGCGACAGCACGCAGCAAGUACCCAAGACGCAGAUUUCGCCCAAGCAAGAGGAGCCUGCUCCAGAGAGCAUGGACACUUCUGCCGAUGCACCCGAGUCCACCCUUGCCGAGUCUUCUGGCGCGCCGACAAAACCAAUGGACGACUUGAAAAUCCACACUAGUACGGAUGACGUUACUGCGCCUGCCCCAUCAACGCAAUCGCCAGCCAUCGUAGACCGCGAGAUGGAAGAUGCGCCAUUGUCCGGCAAAGUCCGCCCGCGCGAAGACGAUGACGAUGACGUUCCCGACGCAAAGCGCACAAAGACCGAUGACGAAACGGCUCCCCAGACCGAAGUCAAGCCAUCCGCACUGCCAAGUCAGCCCGAGCAAACCAAUGGUAACAGCGCUACCCCGGGCCCAGCAUCAGAAUCUGCGCAAGAAGCCUCGGGCGUCCACAAGGCAGUUGAUUGGGAGGAAUGGCCCACCACGCCCCUGACCGAAGCUCAGAGCAAAUUCUUGCUUGAGCGGAUACGGAAUACUAAAAAGAUCAAGGUGUCACUAGCGUUCAAGGAUCCUGUCGAUCCUGUAGCGCUCAACAUCCCAACCUACUAUGACGUUGUCAAGCAUCCUAUGGAUUUGACCACCAUGGAGGCCAAGUUGAAGGAGAAAAAGUACAAGUAUGUGAGGGACUUUAUGGCAGAUCUUGAUCAAAUGAUUACCAACAGUGAGCUAUUCAACAACAAACAGCACCCGGUCACGCAGGCUGGAUACAAUCUGCGAGCCUACUUCCUGAAGGGCAUGGGUAAGAUGCCUCGGGGCGCUGCUGCUGAAGAGCCGCCCAAGCCAGCAAAGACCAAGAAGCCGACGGUCAACACUGCGCAAAAGGCCAGACGUGAGUCGCGCGUUGCACCGCCCAACGUCAAGUCUCCCGCUGUUCCUACGCCAGCUGCUACAUCACCACAGGCUGCUUGGCCGCUGCAACAAGAUGGCACUCCGCUAAUUCGUCGUGAUUCAUCUACUACAGAUGGCCGACCAAAGCGCGAGAUCCACAGACCCUCCAAAGACUUGCCCUACUCGAAUGCUAAGCCAAGACGGAAGAAAUUCCAGCAGGAGCUUAAAUUCUGCGAAUCUGUGAUCACCGAGCUUAUGAAGCCAAAGUACAGCACUCUUACUUACCCCUUUACCUCUCCGGUAGACCCUGUCGCUCUCAACAUUCCCUCGUAUCUCAAAAUCAUCAAGAAGCCCAUGGACUUUGGCACCAUUGAGAAGAACCUCAAGAACGGUGUCUACCAAAGUGCAAAGGACUUCUAUGCCGAUGCUCAGCUCGUGUUCCAAAACUGCUACAAGUUCAACCCCGAAGGUGACGCCGUCAACCAGAUGGGCCACAAGCUCGAGGAGCUCUUUGAGAGUCUGUGGAAGGAAAAGGCAGACUGGCUCGCCCAGCAUGCUCCUCCUCCCGAGCAUUCUCCUAGCGAUCUCUACUCUGACGAGGAAGACGACGAGGAUGAAGAGGAUGAGGAGAUAGACCAAGCUCAGGCACAAGCCCAGGCCCAGUUUAUUGCUAUCCAGCAGCAAAUCGCAGCCCUGAAUGCGACUGCCCAGCAGCUUCUGCAACAGCAGACGGGCGCCAAGCGUGCCUCGCCCAAGCUACCCGGCAAGAAGAAGAAGGGCGCUGGGCAAUCUGCAAAGAGGAAGAGCCUGCCUCUGGCGGUGCCACCUCCGGCCAAGCCCAUCAAGAGCGCGCCGGUCAAGAAGGCAAAGGCACCUGCACCUCUCAGCUUUGCCCAGAAGCAGGAGAUUUCCGAAAGUAUUAGCACUCUUGGAGAUGCCGAGAUGCAUCGAGCAGUUCAGAUCAUCCGAAACGGAUGCCCGCACCUUGCUAGUGUCAAUGACGACGAGAUGGAGCUUGACAUGGACGAAAUCAACGACGACACGCUUAGGGAGUUGUUGAAGUUCAUCAAGUCUCUGCGCGGUCCGAAAGGUGGUGCGGUAGCCGAUGACGAUUUCGAGCCACCAAGACCAGUCUCGAAGCAGACGGCGAGCCGGCCCAAGAAAAACAAGCCCAUGGGCAAGUCGGAGCAGGAAGACAAUAUGCGCAAGAUCCAGGAGAAGUUGCAAUCGUUCCAGGGCGGUGCAUCGGGAUCCAGCCAGUCUCCACCUGUACACGAUGCAUCCAGCGACGACGAUGAGUCGAGCGGCUCUGAAAGCGAAGAAGAGUAA